ACCUCAAAACUAGAUUGCAUCAAAGCAGUCAAUAAUUAAUUAAGUCAGUUAAUUUUUUAUUUAGAAACAACUAACGUAUAUUACUAGCAUAUAUAAAUUAAUUUAAUACUCAUCGUAAAAUGUUCAACAUUUCUAAUGUUUCUGUUUCUAAAACGGUUGAAUCAAAAUAUGUAAAACCAUUAUCAAUUGAUUACACGCAGAAUGGCGUGAAAAAGAGAUGGGAUCUUAUUCAAACUCAUAGCAGUGUCUCGAUCAUAAUUUUCAAUACAUCGAGGAAAGUUUUGGUUUUUGUGAAACAAUUUAGACCUGCUGUGUGGUACAACUCCAUUCCUUUUCAAGACAGAAGUAACCCCAUAGAUACAGAAAAGUAUCCUGCAAGUUUAGGAAUCACAUUAGAACUGUGUGCUGGUAUAAUUGAUAAAGAUAAAUCAAUUGAAGAAAUAGCUCGUGAAGAGGUUUUGGAAGAGUGUGGUUAUGAUGUUCCACUCAAAAACCUGAAACAGAUAAAGAAAUACAGGGGAGCUGUAGGAUUCGCAGGAGAACAGCAAACUUUAUUCUAUGCAGAAGUAACUGAUGACAUGAAAGUUGGUGGAGGAGGAGGUCUACAAGGAGAAGGGGAGUUCAUAGAAGUUGUGGAGAUGUCUUUGACAGAAGCCAAAGUGUUCUUCUUUGAGGAAGAUACAGUCAACGUCCCACCAGGAUGCCUUUGUGCUGUGUUUUGGUUUUUUGUUAAUGUUGCACCUAACCUCACAGCUCAAUAAUACUUAAACAUUCCAUUCAUUGGCAAAGGCGCCUCAUUUGGCAAGUAGUUCGGUGACAUGAUUUAUGUUUCUUUGUUGAAAAUAUUGUUCAAUGUGUAUCUGUUCAGUGGAAAUAUUUAACAUUUGAUCUCGUUAUAUAAGAGUGUACAAUGCAUACCUACAUUGUGCAAACCAUUUGUUGAGUUACCUAUUUACAUUAUGCUUAAAUACUAGGUACUCAAUGUUUGUUUAUGUGUCAGUAAAUACAGUUUAAUUUGUA